GUUGCUGGCUGGAGGGGGAGUGAGACUUGUAGUUUCCCUCUUAAAGUGAAACUGUCCGGGGAAGACGUUUGGAUUUUGUCCUUGCAGAAAUAGAAUAAAAGAUAGGAUAAAGCGAGCGUUUGAGCAAAGGUGCAUUCUCCUCUUUUGGGCAGCGGAUUUAAAUUGUCACCAUGCCGGUUUUUCACACUAAGACUAUAGAGAAUAUCCUGGAGCCGGUGGCUCAGCAGAUAUCCCACUUGGUCAUAAUGCACGAGGAAGGGGAGGUGGACGGCAAGGCGAUCCCAGAUCUCACCGGACCAGUGGCUGCGGUGCAGGCAGCUGUCAGCAACCUCGUGAGGGUGGGGAAGGAGACCGUCUCCACGACGGAGGACCAGAUAAUGAAGAGGGACAUGCCGCCCGCCUUCAUUAAGGUAGAGAACGCCUGUGCCAAGCUGGUCCAGGCCGCCCAGAUGCUGAGAGCAGACCCCUACUCUGUCCCCGCCCGCGAUUACCUCAUCGAUGGAUCCCGUGGGAUCCUGUCAGGGACCUCGGACCUGCUCCUGACUUUCGAUGAGGCAGAGGUCCGGAAGAUCAUCCGUGUCUGCAAAGGCAUCCUGGAGUACCUGACCGUGGCGGAGGUGGUGGAGACUAUGGAGGACUUGAUCACAUACACCAAGAACCUGGGACCAGGAAUGACGAAAAUGGCGAAGAUGAUCGACGAGAGGCAGCAGGAGCUCACUCACCAGGAGCACCGGGUGAUGCUGGUCAACUCCAUGAACACGGUGAAGGAGCUGCUGCCCGUGCUCAUAUCAGGUGUCAAAAUAUUUGUGAUGACAAAGAGCACAAAGAGCCACGGUGUGGAGGAGGCCCUGAAGAACCGCAACUUCACCUUCGACAAGAUGAGCUCCGAGAUCAACGAGAUCAUCCGCGUGCUGCAGCUAACCUCCUGGGACGAGGACGCCUGGGCCAACAAGAAGGAUAUGGAAGCCAUGAAGAGAUCUUUAGCGAUCAUUGAGUCUAAGAUGAAUCAGGCUAAAGACUGGCUAAGAGACCCGAAUGGGCUACCAGGAGACGCUGGGGAGCAGGCAGUGCGGCAGAUCCUGGACGAGGCGGGGAAAGUCGGGGAGCUGUGCGCUGGGAAGGAGCGGAGGGAGAUCCUGGGCGCGGUCAAAACUCUGGGACAGAUGACGGAUCAGGUGGUCGAACUGCGCGCCAGGGGUCAGGGGCCCACGCCCGUGGGUAUGCAGAAGGCCCAGCAGGUGGCCCAGGGCCUGGACAUCGUCACGGGCAAAGUGGAGAACGCCGCCCGCAAGCUGGAGGCCAUGACCAAUGCCAAGCAGGCUAUUGCCAAGAGGAUCGACGCGGCGCAGAGCUGGCUGGCAGACCCCAAUGGCGGCCCAGAAGGGGAGGAGAACAUCCGCGCCCUCCUGGCGGAGGCCAAGCGCAUCGCCGACCUCUGCGAGGACCCCAAGGAGAGGGACGACAUCCUGCGCUCCAUCGCCGAGAUCGCCGCCAUGACCGCCAAGCUGUGCGAGCUGAGGAGGCAGGGUAAAGGUGACACGCCAGAGGCAAGGGCUUUGGCUAAGCAGAUCGGAACGGCCCUGCAGAACCUGCAGUCCAAGGUGAACAGGGCGGUGGCCAACAGCCGGCCAGCCAAGGCCGCCGUCAACCUGGAGGGGAAGAUGGAGCAGGCCCUGCGCUGGAUCGAGAACCCCAGCCUGGACGACCGUGGCGUGGGCCAGGCUGCCAUCCGGGCAUUGGUGGCAGAGGGCCGGAGGCUGGCCAACGGCAUGCUGGGCCCGUACCGCCAGGAGCUGCUAGCGCGGUGCGACCGCGUGGAGCAGCUGAUGGUCCAGCUAGCCGAUCUGGCAGCGCGGGGCGAGGGCGACUCCCCACAGGCUCAAGCCGUGGCCCAGGUCCUCAAAGAGGCACUCAAAGACCUUAAGGCGAAGAUGCAGGAGGCCAUGACCCAGGAGGUGUCAGAUGUCUUCAGUGACACCACCACACCCAUCAAGCUGCUGGCCGUGGCGGCCACUGCACCCCCUGAAGCCCCCAACAGGUCUGAGGUGUUCGAGGAAAGAGCCGCUAACUUUGAGAGCCACGCCAGCAAGCUGGGCGCCACCGCAGAGAAGGCCGCUGCCGUGGGAACAGCCAAUAAGAGCACGGUGGAGAGCAUCCAGGCCGCGGUGAAGUCAGCCAGAGAGCUCACGCCACAAGUGGUCUCUGCCGCUCGUAUUUUGCUGAAGAACCCCGGGAACCAGCCUGCGUACGAGCAUUUCGAGACCAUGAAGAACCAGUGGAUAGACAACAUUGAAAAAAUGACAGGACUGGUGGAUGAAGCCAUUGACACCAAGUCCCUCCUGGAUGCCUCCGAGGAAGCCAUCAAGAAGGAUAUCGACAAGUGCCGGGUAGCCAUGGCCAACGUCCAGCCCCAGUUGCUGGUCGCCGGGGCGACCAGCAUAGCCCGCCGGGCCAACCGUGUCUUGCUGGUGGCCAAGAAGGAGGUGGAGAACUCGGAGGACCCCAAAUUCCGGGAGGUGGUAAAGGCGGCGUCAGACGAGCUGAGCAAGACCAUCUCACCCAUGGUGAUAGAUGCCAAAGCUGUGGCGGGCAACAUCCAGGACCCAGGCCUGCAGAAGUGCUUCCUGGACUCGGCCUACAGGAUCCUGGGAGCAGUGGGCAAGGUGAGGGAAGCCUUCCAGCCUCAGGAGCUCGACUUCCCGCCCCCUCCUCCCGAUUUGGACCAGUUGCAUGUCAACGAUGAGCAGGCCCCUCCCAAACCCCCCCUCCCAGAGGGCGAGGUGCCACCCCCCAGACCCCCUCCCCCGGAGGAGAAGGAUGAGGAGUUCCCCGAGCAGAAGGCGGGUGAGAUGGUGAGCGAGCCCAUGAUGGUGGCCGCCCGACAGCUUCACGAUGAGGCCCGCAAGUGGUCCAGCAAGCCUGAUGUCGCAGAUGAGAGUUUUGAGACCGCUGAGGCGGACGUAGAUAUAGAUGAUGAGGACGAAGCAGAGGAUAUCGAGUUCACAGACAACGAAGACGAUUACGAGCCCGAGCUGCUCUUAAUGCCCACCAAUCAGCCCGUUAACCAGCCCAUUCUGGCCGCCGCUCAGUCUUUACACCAGGAGGCCCGCAAGUGGUCCAGUAAGGGUAAUGACAUCAUCGGCGCAGCCAAGCGAAUGGCCUUGCUGAUGGCCGAGAUGUCCCGUCUAGUGAGGGGCGGCAGCGGGAACAAACGGGCCCUCAUCCAGUGCGCCAAGGACAUCGCCAAGGCCUCCGACGAGGUCACGCGGCUGGCCAAAGAGGUGGCCAAGCAGUGCACCGACAAGCGUAUCCGGACAAACCUGCUCCAGGUGUGUGAGCGCAUCCCCACCAUCAGCACACAGCUGAAGAUCCUUUCCACAGUCAAGGCCACUAUGUUGGGUCGUACCAACAUCAGCGAGGAAGAGUCCGAGCAGGCAACUGACAUGCUGGUGCACAACGCCCAGAACCUGAUGCAAUCCGUGAAGGAGACAGUGCGGGAGGCGGAGGCGGCUUCCAUCAAGAUCCGGACGGACGCCGGUUUCACCCUCCGCUGGGUCCGGAAGACCCCCUGGUACCAGUAAGCCGGGCUGCGCCUCCUCUCACCCCCGCAGCAUCUCCCUCCAGAGUGUGGAGGAGUGGGCCUCCUAACUGACCGGACCCACCCUGGGUCCAACGUUUGCUGAAAACAAUCCUCUUGCUUGGACACGUUUUGUAUUAAAUCCCAUUACUUACUGGCUGCUCCCUUUGGGAAUUUAGUGGUCUUAUAAAGGUUUGCGAUAGACCUAACUUCAUCUUCAACCAGUAAGACUGAAGACAGUUUUUGAAGACUUAUUUUUGGUAUGUUGGUUUUUCUGAGUUUUUUUUCAAAAU